AUGUCCAGCCUCGAUGCCAGCUCUACCACGGAGACGCUCGACGGCAAACACGUCUUCGACUUCUUUGCCGUCAGCCGCGAGCUGCGCAAUAUGGAUUACAGCGAGCUCAUGCACGACGUCUACCUCGCGCCCACCGAGGCACACGAUGAGCUCAAGCAGAUCGUCUACCUCAAGAAUGCAGCAUUGCCUCCUCUGCUUUCGAUCUGCCGACAAUUCGGAACGGAGUAUGAAGAAGAGGUUCUGCGUAGCACAGUAUGCCAACUCGUCACUCUCGCUCCAAGCGACGGCAGCUCGUUAGCACCGCUAGCUCAUCCUCUCUUGUCGGGCUCUCACUAG